AUGGCGGACGAAAACACCAAACCCAUCGACACGAGCCCUAUCUCUCCCGGUUUGCCCAACCCGGCGCGGAAGAACUCUCUUGAGUUCCACCUGAGCCACCGACCGGAUCGCCAGGAGCUUGUUAACAAGAACAUCCUCCCUGCGUCGACGGCCGCCCCAGGCCUCCAGGCGCACCAGAAAGAUCUCGAGAAGCACAUGCGCGCCGACUCCCUGAACGAGAAGAUUGCCCACCGACCAUCCCCGGAGACGCUGCUGAAGGACGGUGUUCUUCAUGACGACCCGCGCUCGGCAGAGGAUAAAUACACCGAGGCAAUUGAAGAGGAAUACGCCAAGCGGGAGGGCGGCGCUUGA